GCCUGCCGUUGUUUUGCCGCACUGACUACGGGAGAUCUAGAAGGUUGCAGGGCUGACCAGAGUUCGCCCAGGGCUAAAGAGUGGGACGGCGAAUAAUCGUAUUAGUGCCGAGCAGCCUUCUCUUCCAGCGUCCUGUCAUACUUCUCAUCCGUCGCUUUUCGCCCCGUUCCCCCACCAAGCCCAGGCAGGGGUUAUAAGCCCGGGAUCCCCGAUCCAGCAAGGAAAACUCUCAAACCAUGUCGACCAUCCUCGAGUACACCCCGCUGGCGACUAUCGAGCAGUAUCACGCCGACCUGCAGCGCACAUUCAAAUCGAACAAAUGCCGGCCAGAGUCAUACCGUCGGACUCAGCUCCUCCAGCUCGCCUACAUGAUCCAGGAGAAUGAAGCGCGUAUGAUCGAUGCGUUCUACAAGGACCUUGGGCGACCGAAGGAAGAGGUCACAUUCAUCGAGACGCAUAUCAUGAUCGGGGCGUGCGUGUAUGCGAUCAAGAACCUGCGCAAGUGGAUGAAGACGGAAUAUGCACCCAUGGACAUGGUGACGGGCAUACUGACGCCGAGAAUCACUAAAGAUCCAAAGGGGGUCGGGUUGAUCAUCGGACCUUUUAACUAUCCAAUCUAUUGCACGGUAUCUCCCUUGAUGGGGGCGAUCGCCGCCGGAUGUCCAUGUGUAAUCAAAAUGUCCGAGAUCGUACCCAAUAUCUCCGCCUUGUUUGAGGAACUGGUUGCAAAGUACCUCGACAACGACGCGUAUAGGGUAGUCAAUGGAGGGGUUCAGGAGACCACCAAGUUGCUAGAGCUGAAAUGGGAUCAGAUUUUCUUCACCGGAAGCGGUCGAGUCGGAAAGAUCGUUGCAACCGCAGCAGCUCAGCACUUGACGCCCGUCUCGCUCGAGCUGGGGGGAAAGUCUCCUGUGAUUGUCGACUCCACCGCCAACAUCGACGUUGCAGCGCGCAAGAUCCUUUGGGGCAAGACGGUCAACGGCGGGCAAACAUGUGUCGCCCCUGAUUAUGUGCUCGUAUCGGAGGAUUGCGCAGAUCGUUUGGUAGAGGCGUUCAAGAAGACGUAUGCGAAGUUCUACCCCGAAGGUGCGGGAAAGUCGGCAAGUUUUGGACGGAUCGUCGACCACAGGAGCUUUGACCGGUUGAAGGACAUCAUGGACCGAAGCAAAGCUGAGCUCCUAUGUGGAGGAGAAUCGGAUCGGGACACAAAGUUCAUCGCUCCAUCGAUAUAUGUCAACGUCUCCAAGGAGGACGCUCUGAUGGAGAGUGAGCUGUUCGGACCUAUUCUUCCCAUUGUGACAGUCAAGAAUGUGCAAGAGGCAGUCGAGUAUGUGCGGCAAGGCCCUUCACCGUUGGUAAUUUAUGUGUUUACAACCGACGGCAAGACAAAAGAAUAUAUUCGGACUUGGACUCGGAGCGGCGGCCUGAUGGUGAAUGAUGUCAUCAUACAGGCCGCUUCUGAUCCUGUUCCAUUUGGCGGCACCGGUGAUUCUGGAUAUGGAGCACACCACGGUCGGGCCGCAUUCGAUACUUUCACGCAUCACCGAACGAUGAUGGAAGCGCCGCGCAUAGCUGAGCUCUUCAUGGCCCUGAGAUAUCCUCCAUAUACAGCCAAGAACUAUGUCCGUCUCAGACUGUUUGCGAAGGUCAACAUUCCCUGGGCAAAGCCGGGCUCAAAGCUUUCACUGCUGCAAAGAUUGUGGAUCAAGAUCUUUGGGGCAGGUGUUAUUGUUAUGCUCGCUGCUGCAGUUGCUCAGAGGUUAAAGUAGCGAAAAUCACUUACGCAGGGAGCGUGACGAGACGGGUGUAUUCAUUUGGAGGCGUAUGCAUGUGAUGCGCAAUGAAUAUAA